AAACCAAAAGAAGAAGAAGAGAAGCGUGUUUUUAUUUCCGGGUUAGCAGAGCUCUGUUAGCAUGUAGGGUUAAUCUUGUGUCUAAACGAGCGGAGAAUUGAAAAAAGGACUUUGACCGUUUACUUUUUUACUUUUUAUCCACUUUGGGUUGUUUGGAGAAUGUCCGGGUUUGAGGAUCUGGAGGAUUUGUUCAGUCGGAGGCUCCUCGCUGCUGCUCACAGAGACUUUAUGGACCAAACAUCACCGGCCGGGUAUGAAGAGGAGCUUCAGAGACAGAGAGAACUGCGGAGAGUGAUUCUAACUCCUGAGAUCAAACUACAGAGAGCAGGUCAGUCUGAUGGAAAUGUUUUAGUGAGCUGAACCUUUAAUAACCCUCACAGCAGACAGACACCCUGAGUUACACUCUUUACUGUAUGUUAUAAUACACUCCUGAUCGAUAUCUUUGAGGACGUAAUUUAUUGAAAACAACAAUUUAACUGAAAUAGUCCGUUCAUCAGCUGAUCACAAGUUUAAUACCACAGCCUUCAAAAGCCCAAAUCUGUGUGAAAAUUUGGAUUCCAUGAGGUUUAUAAAAAUGGACGUCACUUCCAGACAGUGGACGCCCUUCAUGAAACCAUCUUCACCACUUGGAGCAACAUUCCCACUGGCCUUUUGGAAACACUUGCAUCGAGCAUGCCAAAACGAAUUUCUGAAGUAAUCAACAAUAAUGGUGGAGCUCCUCAUUACUGAGUCUGUUUUUGACACUUUAAUUUCUGUUUCAGGACGUGUUGAGGUUUUUUGAGCUGUGGUCUUAAUGAUCAGCUGAUGAACAGACUAUUUCCGUCAAAUUCUUGUUUUCCUGCUCAAAACUUUUGGUUUCUUGUUCCCAUUUCUUCUUUUUGCAUUUUGAAGCUCUGCGAAGAACCGUCUUAAGGUCCAACAGUCCUAAAUAUAAAUUCUUGCCAUUUUUUAACUGGUCCUAAGAUUUUGAUCAGGAGUCUAUUAUCCUGUUACCUGACAACUGAGUCAGAGUUAAGAUGUCCUUGUUUUAAAAAACAGAGAGCAGCAGAGAUCAGGAUGCACCAAUCCAUCUCUUUAAGUCCCAGUACUUCUACUCAGGUAUUGUUAUUUACCUUUGCCAACACUGACACUCAGUUUUACUCUGAUGUUUGUGUCUUUCUUAAGUGUUUCCUACAGAUGUCGGACAGCUGUUAGUGAUUAAAGAGGAGCCGCCUGAGCAGCAGGAGUGGAGCUCCACUUUGGACCAGGAGGACAGUAAGACCCUUCAAAUAAAAGAGGAACAGAUUGAGUUUUGGUGCAGUCAGACAGGAGAACAACUUCAAAAAAUGUAUGAGGCUGAUACGGUUAAGUUCCCAGGGUCCCCAGUCCCUGUUAAGACAGAAGACAAGGAAGAGAAACCACAGUCUUUAACACUUUAUCAAAGACGAACUGGACCAAUAGAACCAGGAGUGGAUAGAGAGUACUAUAAGGGACAAGAACCAACCAGGUACUCAGACCUGGAGGGACAUUUACAAUCCGGGACUGUGGUGAAGACUGAAGUGUCUUCACAACCAGAGACUGGAGACAGAGACGAUAAAUGUAGAGAGACUAGAGAUCAUCAUCCCGGUUUAAUCACUCUGGAAAACACUGAACAGACGAGACCAAAGAGAAAAAAGAAACAACGCAACUGCUCUGUGUGUGGUAAAACAUUUAAACAAAACAUACAUCUCACCAACCACAUGAUGAUUCACACCGGAGAGAGACCCUUCAGCUGCUCUGAGUGUAGCCUGAGAUUUACCCAGAAAGGAAGUCUGACCAGACACAUGACAGUCCACAUAGAAAAGAAACCCUUCGGCUGCUCUGUGUGUGGUGAGAAAUUCACUCAGAGAGGAAGUCUGACUCAACAUUUGGCAAUUCACAGAGGAGAGAAACUAUUCAACUGCUCAGUUUGGUGAAGGAUUUACUCAGGAAGGAAAUCUAAACGGAGGAGAGAGACCGUUCAGCUGCCCCGUUUGAGGAAAGAUUUACUCAGAAAGAAAACGUGACCCAUGACUUAUUCUUUGAUCCACACAACAUUUUUCUGUAGCAGUAUUUUUGAUCCCUUUUUUUUUAUUCUUACAUUUGUUUGACUUCUUUGCUGACCGUGAUGUUUCUGAUCACAACUGUGAAGGACUCACUUUGAGUUUUGCUUUUACGUUGACCCGGUGUAGUACCGUAUUUUUCACACUAUAAGGCACACCAUCAAUGAACGCGUCUAUUUUCAUACAUUAAGGCGCACCGGUUUAUAAAGCACAUUAAGCCAAACAAAACAGUCACAGAAGUCCAACUUUAUUGAACUCAUUCACUAACUCCGCGAGGCUACUGUAGCUGCAGUGCUCCAACAAGCUAAAAGGAUUUUAAGUGCAUCUUAUAGUGCGAAUAAUACGGUAAAUGGAGGGGUACUGGAUUAAAGGUUAGAGAGGUCUGGCUGGAGAAAAAUUUCAGGAGCGAUUUCUGUGAAAUGACAAUAAUGAACUUAGGAUAAGAUCCAGAACCUCAUGUUUGAAGCAGCCAAAUGCUUUGCUUUUAGGUAGACAAGAACCAAUGGUCAAAUCCGAUAAAUAAAGUGGUUCUUACCAAACCUGCAUUUAAAAACUGAGACUGUAUCUGAAUUCACUGAUCUGAGUGUUGACUGAACUCUUACAGGUACAUGUCAUCCUCCUUUUCCAACAUUUAACACAGCCCCCUGUGGUCUUAAUGUAAAGCAGAGCUUGGGUUAAAUGGAGUAUGGAAACAUAAAUAUGAGCUUUAAUCAGCCUUUCCUACAACAGUCUAUUUGACCAUUUCUACUCUUGCUACAUGAAAAAUCCAUCACUUUCAUUCAUUCAUGUUUUUUGGGUCUUAUUCUGGUCCUCUUGAAAUCAUAUGGUGUUGGAAUAAUUUUAAUUAAGUUUAAAAAGUUUAAAUAAAUGAUUACUUGUUCUACCCUAAUGGUCUGAGCUGAUUAAUAUAAUCUAGAAAAAAAACAAAGGGUUUAGGAGAUAGAUUUCUAUAUUUCUUGAGUGAUGUUUUUGGUUGUGUCCUCACUGAAAUGUAUCAGGGUCUGCAGGAACUUCAGCUGCAGCUGUGUGUUCAGUCUGACUGAGGGAGGUUUUUGUACGACACUUUUUCACUGUGUGAACACCCACUGACUGUUGAUGUGGUGUUGACUCUGACAGUAGUAAACUGCUGCAUCUUCAGUCUGGACUCCACUGAUGGUCAGAGUGAAACUAGAUCCAGAUCCACUGCCUGAAAAACGACUUGAUAUCCCUGAUAACAGCUGAUUGGUAUACUUAAUGAGGAGUUUAGGAGUUUCUCCAUCCUUCUGUUGGUACCAGGCUAAGUAGUUAUUGCUAAACACAUUCUGACUGACACUACAGCUGAUUUCUGCAGUUCCUCCUGGAGCAGAGCUCACAGCUGCAGGCUGAGUCACUGUGAUCUUUCCUCUGGACUCUGAGGAUACAGAGACAAACACAGAAAGCAGCGUCAUGGUUUUGUGGGCUUCAUUUCAGAGGGACGGAUGUUCAUAGAGGAGAGGAGUUGGAUUCUCUGGACUUUACCUGUGAAGCAGCAGCAGAGGAGAGUCCAGAUGAGGACGCAGAUCACAGUCAUGUUUCUGAUCAGGAGGAGGAGGAGGAUUUCUGUGUCUUCUGUUGUGAUGAAGGACAGCUGUCAGUCAUCCGGUCUUCAACUCUCAGGACUAUAAAGUCUCCCAGAGCACUGGAGCAUGCUGCUGCUCAUGCAAACUCACUCUCUAUGGAAAUGCUCAGAUUAACUCCAACAGGGCCUUAGAUUAUAGACAUGAUGAUGAUGAUGAUGAUGAUGAUGAUGAUGAUGAUGAUGAUGAUGUUCAAUAAUGGAUCAAUCAAUUCAUCUCCUGAUUGAUCAAACAGCUUUCCUGACUUGUAUCAUGAAGGUUUAGGUUUGUUCUUCUUCAUCCAUCUAUUUGGAGAGAUUUCUUAAGUCUCAGCCCGAUGCUGAGGACAAUGAAUGUCAACUAUUCAGUAAAUCAAUAAAGAUCUUCAAAAACUGGAUUCAUUUAAA